GAAAAGCAUCGGACCGGUUCCACACAGACAGACACUGUGGUAGUAGUAGGCUGCGUUUGGCUCAGCCCUCCUAAGUGAUUGCCGUGAGAGGAACCGGUGAUGACGACAGCGCGUAAAUCAGCAGCUGGAGACGAGAGGUGCUCCGGUUACGCGGUCUGAGCGGCGAACACAAGUGCCUGCCAACACGGUACCAGCGAGCUCCGCAUCCAAGGAGGACAGCUUUGGUUACGCGUGCGUUCCCAGUUGAUCAGAGGAGGAUGUUGCGCUUUGGCUCUUUCACCGUCGCUACUGUGUGAUUUCAAUUUUAAUUUUUUUUUUUAAAGAAAGAUGUGGCGCAUGCUGUGCCAUCUUUGCAGCAACUUUACAAGCGAAUGAGUCAGAUUUAAAGUGCCAAAAAGACACAUUGUAAAUCCAGUGAAAAUGUCCACGACGCACCACAGCUCUCCGGCGCCCAACCAGAGCUACCUAUCCACGGCCACCUACGACACGACAGACCCCUCUGAGAUGGAGAGGCAAGUCCGCCUGAUGCUGUUCGGUUUGUGCGUAACCAUCGCCGCCGUUACUCUGGUCGGAGGCGUGUAUUCGCUGCUCUCCCUUCUCCGGAUGAGGAGAAAAACCUCCCUGUGUGUCAUUGUGGCUUCCAUGUCGGUGGACGACCUGCUCAGCGUGGUGCCCCUCUCUCUGUUCAUGCUCCUGCAGUGGGAGACGGACGGAGGUGAGGGGUCGGGCAGCCUGUGUACUUUAUCCGGACUUCUCUACGUGUUCCAGGGUGUUUCUAGCAAUAUGAAGGCUUGUCUCAUAGCAGCCUACACUUUUUAUGUCACAAAGAGGUUUGGAGUGCUCCAGUCCGUGCGCCGGCCCCUCAGAGUGAUGUGGGCCGUCGCCGGUGUGUGGGCAGUCAGCCUGACCGUCAGCGUGCUGCCUUUGUGCGGAUGGGGCAGCUUCACGUCGGCCUCUCUCGGGUGUUUCCCGGAGAGCGACAGUUUUUACAUCCUGCUGCUCUUCUCUUUGUAUUUCCUGUGCUUUUGCGGCUUGCUGUUCUUCUUCAUCCCUCUCACCUACCAGCUGCUGUGCUCCAGAGAGCCCCAGAGGACUUUGUUGUACCCGAGCUACCUGGAGAUGGCGAGGGGGCUGAGUGGCUCCGCGCCCCUCUGUGAUCUCCAAUCCUUCUCCCGGGACAGCUUGAACAAAAGUUUCGGUGCGUACAACGAGCUGAGCCCAAGUUCGUGCGGGACAGAGCUCAGAGACAAAGAGGGCAGCGGUCUGUCCCCGGUGUCCGUCAGUGGACCGAGGACGGCAGCUGUGGGGGACACUCCAGUGGUGUUUGCGCAAAAGCGCUUCUCCAUGAUCCUGGCGGUGGUCCGAGUUGUUUUGUGGAUGCCAAUGAUGACUUUGGUUCUGGUGCGCCAUGCAGUGAAUGCACGGAGCUCCUCCCUUGAGACCCUGAGUUUCUUCCUCACUCUGCUCGCCCCUGCGGUCACUCCGUUAUUUGUGUUGUCGGAGCGCUGGAUCCAUAUGCCGUGCGGCUGCUUCAUUAACUGCAAACGGGAUCCAGCGCAGGAACCCUCAGUGAUGAAAAGAAGAUUUGAGUUCAACCUUUCCUUCCAACAAGGCUAUGGUGUGUACAAGUUGUCACAUGCCACUAUGUCUCAUAGCAGUCCUCCUACUGAGAAGCCUGCUUAUCACAGCCUUUUCAACUGUGACUUCCCUAACGCCCGCCUUGAUGCACUAGAAAGUGGUGGGUUCUCCAGUGUGGGCCCCAGUUUUGAUUUCAGCACCACAUGCCCAGUGGACAGCUCCUCUCACGCAGACCUUCUACUGGAAGCUGUGGCUGGUGGAGGUGAAGCGCUGGCUGAUUGUCCUCCACUUCCCCACGACAACCAUGGAGAUGAUGAGGAGUUCCGCUGUGGCCCUUCGCUGCUUUCUCAUCACCAGGAAGAUGAUCACAACCUCACUGACACGUCGUCUGUGUUCGAGGGCCCAGAGAGGAGGCUGUCGCAUGAGGAGUGUCGCAAAAUCGAGCUGACAGACUGGGAGUGGUGCAGGAGUAAAUCAGAGAGAACGCCCAGACAGCGGUCAUCGGGCGGUCUGUCGAUCCCCCUGUGUGCUUUUCAGGGAACUGUAUCUCUGCAAGCACCCACAGGGAAGACGCUCUCUCUCUCCACCUACGAGGUCAGCAGCGAUGGCCUCAAAAUCUCCCCCAACAAUGCCAAGAAGGUGGAAGUAUAUCGUUCCAAGUCAGUUGGUCAUGAGCCCAGUGCAGAUGAUCCAGCAUCAGGAGGCCAAGCUGGAGACGUGAAUGUCAGUCGCGUUGGGAUGGGCAUGGAGAUUGGAAUGGGAAUGGGGAUGGGAGCUGGAGUGGGGGACACCAAUGUCAAGAUCCACCUAGAGGUUCUGGAAAUCUGUGACAACGAGGAGGCCAUGGACAGUGUGUCCAUCAUCUCAAACAUCAGUCAGUCCUCCACCCACGCCCGCUCGCCCUCGCUGCGUUACUCACGACGGGAGAACCGAUUCGUCUCCUGCGACCUGGGUGAGACUGCUUCCUACUCUCUGCUCAUCCCUAGCAGCGGCAACACCGAAGCAGAGACCAUCAAUAUCACUAUACCCGACACUGUGGAAGCUCACCGGCAGAACAGCCGCCGACAGACACAGGAGAGCUCGGGCUAUCAUGAGGAGAUACAGCUGCUCAAUGAGGCCUACAGAAAACAAGCCGGAGAGAGGGAAGAGUGACAUAUUUACAGAAAAGCAAGAAGGUCGCUUUUAGAGGAGGGUGAAAGAGCAUCUCAGACGGUAAUAGCUGCAAGAAAAAUUUCCUAAUCAUUCCACAUUUACUUCUUUCUGAUCUAACAAAGCUGACAGGUCACCCAGCUCAUGACUAGUCGUCUGUUUGCCUACUCUUGUACUUCCUCUUCAGGUAACAUGAUGAGAGCACAUGCAUCACUUAUCUACAGAGUACACACAGAUAGUGUAGCCAGUAAAAAGGACAGAUAGUAGUAAAUCAGUGUAAGCAACAGAGAAACAGUAUUUAGCAGCGCAUCUGUAUUCCUGCAAAGACUUUCACCAUAUGGCAGCCUGUCAUCAUAAAAUAGAUACAGCGAGAGAAAAAUACACUUAGACGUAGAAAAGGAGAAGCCAGGGUCUGAUCACAUGCCUGAUAUGAAAUAUCUUCUGUAGACUACGUCACCAAUGACUCAACUGAGAGGGGAGGGGUCACCUGACCCAUGCGUCUGACUCAUCCGAGUGUGUGUUGUGCAUUUUAGUGUGUGAGGAGUCGCCUUACCCAUAAGGAUGAGCGUAUACGUAGGAGAGUACAGUCAAAUACCCAAGCUAUUUAACUGUAUGUUCCCCCUAGAGGAAUGUCUUUACUCUACAUAUAGUUAUUUUGAUUGUGUAUUCUUUCAGCUGCUACGUCUGUCGAGUAUUACACAGUUCAUGUUGCUACUACCGGAUUAGAGUGACCGCAACCCAUGUUGAAAAUGUAAAACAGGAGGAAAGAAAAAGGAAAAGGCGAGGCAAGCAUUUGCGGGAGAGUGCAAGUGGCCAUUGAAGAAGAGAUUAGGGGUACUUAUGUAGAGCAGCUUUCUGCCUCGUGCACGUUCAGCUCAAUUUAAAUGAGUGCAUAUUUUACUACAGUAGGCAGCAUGUGAAUGUAUGUUUCCAGAGCCACUUCGAGGGAUGAUCUCUCUCUCCUCCUGCUCAGUUCACUUCCCAUCCAAUCAGCGAGCCACUGGGACCUCUCACUUUCUAUCAAAUACAUGCAUUAUUUCACAGCUGUGCUAAAAUUUUCGACAGUAUUGUGUAUUUCAUUUUGAAUGGUUACAUGAACUGUGAACAGCUUCAGAACCAUAGAAAUAUUUAUUCUCUCAGAUAAUAUCAGUAUAUCCAUCAUUGCUUAUAUGCACAUUUACUUGUACAUGUGUGUACAAACAGCAGUGAAAUAGGUAUUCUAGAGAAAUUUUAGAAAAUAUAUGUAUUUCAGUUGGUUUUAUGGUGGUGUCUUCUGUGUGUCAGCUAUUUGGUUGCUUGAUCCUCGACAGCACAUCGGGACUUCAUUUGAAGGCUUUUGAAUCGUCCUUUUAGCGAGUCCACUUCUGCGACAUCUCCCAUCUUCCUGAAGACUAUAGUCAUUAAAGAUUCAUACCAGAAAAUUGCCUCCGCCGAAAUUGCGACGCACUCCUAUUUGGAGUGCUGCUGUGUGAAAUGUGCGAGAAAAUAAUGUACAGGCAUAUAAAUAAUGAUGAAUGUAAAGUUGUGUUCAGUGUGUCAACCAUUCCAGCUGUUAAUGGUGCCAAAGGUUUUCAGCUGAACAGCAUUUCAUCUCUGAAGCACAGCAGAGUGGAAGUAAUUCCAUCAUCUGCUUAUUCUCACUGUUGAGCAGGACUACAGUUCAGAUUCUGGUCAAGCAUUCUCAUAAACCGUAUUGAUCAAUUAAC